UGAACUUGUUCAGCCUUGAUGGUUGUUUUAUUAUUACAGAGUCGCGAUACUCACGCGUCGUACCUAUGUCGUAAUAUUUGUUUGUUGGCACUUGCCACAUUCAAUCUCUCGACCCGCGCACCCACCACGUGUUUGGUAUCAUCGCGUUAAAUAAUCUUUUCGCUGUUGUCUUAAAUCGUUUCGUUUUCCCGUUCUUUCCGCUGUCGUGUGACUGUGUGAGGGGGUGUGACAAAUAAUAAUAAUAUUAUUCCUCGUCAUAUUUCGUAAACGUCGCCAGCUCUUCAUAUACGCGUACUGACGUCUGCCGGCUGGACGCGCUCUUGCGAGUAACGAAAAUAUUAUUAUGAGCUCAUAAUAUUAUUGUUGUGGCACGUCCUUUUUAAGUUUUUAUAUUUCUUUCGAAGUACAACAAACGACAUAAUAACAUCGUCUUGACUAAGAACAGCGAUCACAAGAAAUGGCAGACGAAAACAACGGCUCCGGUACGGUGGCACAAGCGCAAUUUCAGCUGCAGCCACGGAAACAGCACAACGUGCGCAUCGUCGACCACAGUGACCGGCCUUCGAGGUGGUCGUCGCUGUUGUCCUGGUCCGAUAAUCGGUGGCCGGCAACUUCGGCGGACGCUAUCGCCGUCGUAUUGUCCGUGGCCGUGGCCUGGUGUCUGCUUCACGUGAACGUGGCGCCAGCUCUGAUGGCCGUUCCCGGCGGCAGCGUGGCGUCCAUAUUCAUGCUGUACGUGGCCGGGCUGGCCACCGGCUGUGCCGUAGACGUGGUGGGUGGCCUCCCGCCGCUGCUGGGCAUGAUGGUGGCCGGCAUUGCUCUCCAAAACUUUGGCCUGUACACCGUCACCGCCAACUGGUGCGUCAACCUGGUGGCAAUUAUGCGAGAAGCUGCGCUGUCAGUGAUCUUGAUCAAAGGCGGCUUGGAAAUGAACGCAGCCCAGUUGCGUCGGCUCAGCGGUGCCGUGACCAGACUGGCGCUGUUGCCGUGUGUGGCCGAGGCAGCGGCCGCGGCCGUGGCUGCGCAUUACAUUUUGCCCAAUUUCUCUUGGGAAUGGGGUCUGAUGCUGGGGUUCAUCUUAUCGGCCGUGAGUCCAGCUGUUUUAGUGCCGAAUCUGUUACGAUUGAAACAUAUGGGAUACGGUGAAAAAAACGGCGUCAACACGCUGGUGAUAGCUGCGUCGAGUUUAGAUGACAUUGUGUCAAUCAGCGCUUUUGGUGUCUUGUUGGGCAUCGUUUUUUCAACGGGCAACUUGACCAGUAAGAUCGUUCAAGGACCCGAAGACGUUUGCAUUGGGACUGCGUUGGGACUUGUGUGGGGAUUCCUCUUGAUAUUUGUGCCACCCCCAUCGUGGGCAAAUGUGUCGUACACCACCCGAAAAGGCAAACUCGAUGACGAAGACGGGGGAAAUGAUGAAAAACAAACGGAGCGGUCGGUGACAGCCAUGAGAGCGUUUCUGUUGGGCGCCGGUGGGAUUCUGGCCGUGACCGGCAGUCAGUGGUACGGGUAUCCUGGGGCUGGUCCUUUGGCUUGUAUCAUAUCUUCGUUUGUGGCGGGCACUGGUUGGAAGUGGAGGGAAGAAAAACAAAACUGUGACAGUCCGAUCACGGCUUCGACACACGACGAAGCAAGCCCGGUUGAAGCGGUAUUCGAGUGCAUUUGGUUUGGGCUCCAACCGAUUCUGUUUGCGUCCAUCGGCACUGAAGUCAAAUUUGAACUCCUCAGGGGUGAUGACAUAAUCGUCGCGGGACUAUUGGUACUCUUUGCCGGAUUGAUAGUGCGUUUAAUUGUAACGUCGUGUGCAGUUUGGGGAGCAGGAUUCAACAUUAAGGAAGUGAUAUUUAUUAAUAUCGCGUGGCUUCCCAAAGCAACUGUCCAGGCCGCGCUUGCUCCGGUAGCGUUGGACAUGGCGAGAAUGAUGGGAACAGAAGAGGACAAGGAAAGUGCUAGUCGAUUGUUAACCAUCGCCGUAAUCUCCAUACUAGUUACAGCCCCUAUAGGGGCAUUCGGCAUUCAGUGGUUCGGCCCCAGGUUGUUGUCCAACGCCGGUCGAUAACUAUAAACUGUUCUCGUCUUGGAAUGUGUUAAAUAUUAAUUGAAAACGCUCACUUGUGUGUUUAUUGUUUAAAAGUAUUUCUAGCAAAAAGUUUAUUACUUGUAAAUUAUAAUCACAUACAAAGCCCGUUUGGAUAAAAUCACUAAAUUUAACUGUAUCCGAAUAUCCGAUAAAAUCGCGAAAUCAUCGAAUUAUGUAAUGAUACAACAAUAUAUUUUAAUAACGAUGAGCGUCUAGACAAAAAAAAAAACAGUUUUCGUGAGCUUGGAUCUAUAAUUGUUUCACUUCCUUCCGACUAUAUUUUUUAAUAAUAUAGAUUUUGUAUUGGUUAUCACUUAUCUGUCAAUCAUAAUCAAAAAGUAAACGUAAUAAGCAAUGGCGGGUAUAUAAUUUUGUUUUGUUUUGUUUUUUUUUUAUUUGGGGUGGGAGCCAUAAGUUUUUAAAUCAAUAUUUAAGUACACAUUUAUAAAAAUCAUAUUAAUGAUUAGUAUAGGUGUAAAAGAAUUGUAUAUUAUUAACGAUGUCAUAUCACAUCGGUCUAAUUGGCUAUAGUUAAGAUGUUACACGCUUUCGAUUGGCUUAUAAAUACAAAUGUACAAAAUAGUUAUUUAUUACGAACCAAAAACCAAGGGGGCCUCUCUGCCAGUCUUCCCCCUCCCCGUAAAUCCGCCCACUGGUUAUAGAUACAUAUUCAACGAUUAUUUAUACAAUCAAUACAUUUUCUUUUAAAUAAUGGAGGCAUUACUGAUUACUGUUAUUACAAAAAGCCAGUGGCACUGAAGUGUUUAAAAUAUACUAUGACAUCGCACAUAAAAAUCUCUUCCAGCCCUCCCCCUUUUUUUAAUUUAACAAUCAGGUUCAAUCAAAGCACCUACAUAAUACAAUGUUUAAUCAUUUAUUUUGACGUCUUCACGUAAAUUCUGGAUCAACAGCUCAACAGUAGGAUCCCUGCAGUGCCCAACAGUGCCCCUCCCCCUCCCCCCAACUAAAGGUAAUCGCGGCGACACCGCAAAAAGCUGGUCCAAAGAAUCAAUGCCUUACAUGGUAUAUUAUAUAUACGUAAUUAUGGUACUAAAAUAAACAGUAUUUAUAUUAAAAAAUUAAAAAUUAAAAAACAAACACAAGUCAUAAAAGCAUAUAAAAAAAAUAUCAAUUAAUCAAUACAAAAUGUUACUAUUGUGCACAGCAUAAAUAUUACCAUUGGUACAUACAUACAUUUUUUUAAAUUAUUUUAUUUGAAAAAUAUAAAAGUACAAUGUAUAGUACAGAGUGAUACUAAUAUUAUGAUUUUAUUAUGUAUACAUAUUUUAAAAUGAUUCGUGGAGGUGUGAAUAAUGAAUAGACAGGAUGUGCUUUUAGUACAUAUUUAUAUAAGAGGUGAACGAUACUUUUUAUUUUUUAACGUAAGAUAAUAUUAUAAUUGUUAUAAGUACAACGUACUAAAAUAAUGUGUAUAUUGUAUUAAAUCAAUCAUUUUGUAUAUAUA